AUGACGGUUAUCCCUCAGGCACAGAAGAUCUACAAGUUCUGGUUCAAUAAUCCCGGACGUCAAUACAUAUUCAACGCUGAUGGUGAUGAGUGGAUUCCGCUACAGCCCUGGCAACGCUCUGAGCGGCAGAUGUGGGUAUGCACAUUUAGUAAAAAGUAUGGUCUCGGUUUCAAGAACCUCAGUACUGCUAAAUGGAUGAGCUUCACCAGCGAAGGAUGGAUGACGCUGGAAGGUUAUCAGAAGGAGUGCGAAAGUUUCACAUUCACCCCGCUCCGUGAUGGUGGAUAUCGAAUGUCAGUGUGCUUGAAGGGGGCAUGCAAUGAUGUCAGGAGAUACACCGAAAAUAAGACUGAUUUUGUGGGAUGCGAACAGCAAAUCUCUGGUGUUUCUGUUCAUAUAGAAGACAUUCAGAUGUGUGAGUUAUCGUGUUAA